CAGUUUUCUGACCGGCUGACGGGCUGAACGAGCGGCGGACGAACAAACUUGAGACAUCCAGGAGAGAUCCUACUCCCACCAAAGGUUUACAUCUGGGACCCUUCUCAAAACAGCUUCACAACUCAUUUGUGAGUCUUGACCUGCCAUUUGAGAACCACUGAUCGAGAUGACUAGAUCCUGCUUGAGUCUGGGUGUUCAGGCCUCUGCGGGAAACUGAAUGAGACGCUUCGCAAGACGAGUGGGGAAAAAACCAGCGGAGGGAGGCUUGCUGAGAUAGAGGAAGACAUAAGGGAGAGGAAAAAGGCAAAGAGAGAGAGAGAGACGGAGUGACUGACACCUGCCCUCCAGCUCCGUGUGAAGGGCAAAGCAUGGGAGAGUGAGAGGAGGGGGGGCAUGAAAAGAGGCAAAACAGAAAGGAGAAUGAAGACAACCGGAAAACAAGGCCUGCCUCUAAGCAAACCUCGCUCAAAUUAGGACAUCUCGCCACAAGACAACAUGAUUACAAGGAAUCUGCUCCUGCUGGUUUUCCUGUGCCUGUGGGAGGGGCGUGUAGGAGGUGCCAGUAAGAUCCUACGUAGGAGAGGAGUGGGCGGAUCGCACGUAGUGAAGCUAGCGGACAGCAGAGCUACGGACCAAUGGGACGCGAACGUAGAUGCGAAUUCAAUGCCUGUAGUGACUCUUAGAAACCUGAUAAGUCACGAGCAGGCGGCCGACGCUGGAUCUUUUUCUUACUCCAAAAUGUUGCAGAGUCAUGCUGCUCCGCAAGUCGCCAGCAAGGAGAGGCAAGCAUUCAAGCCCAAGCGUGACAUCGACUCUAAAAAGGAAGUGACUUCUUUACACAUCAAUAAGGAGUUAAACCAGGAGGUGAAGAAAGUUAGGAAUAGCACCAAGAACUCCGAGACAAAACUAGGAAGAUCUGAGAAAAUAUUUCACCAUAAAUCAGAGGGACACGCCAAUAGAACCAGGUCUAAGUCAGGGUCUAGAUCCAGAAGUAGGCCUGAUCUGAAUGUCCACACUACUGGCGUGCCAGGGAAAGGCUUCAGCAUUGAUUCAAGCAGAAAGCUAAACCUCACUGGGAGUUACGGCGUCCUGAAGCUGCUGUCGAAGGAGAACUUAGUGAGGAUUGUCAAUUCCCAGAUGCAAAGCGUCCCUGGCCUGAGCUUUCCGAGCAAGGGCAGCCGGAGCAGGAAGCGAGAUUUGAUUGACGUUAAUCACGGACAGUUAGAGGCUCAGAAAGCACAGCGACAAGAUAUGGCUGUCACUCAGUUUCACACUGGAUUUGAUAAUCAGACAGCAUAUCCUUAUGUAAGCCCAGACCCCACGCCAGAUCUUAAUCGAGACCAGGGCAGCAACACUUAUAAUAAUGCUCUAAGUGUGGCCAAUCCAAGUAAAGGGCAGGGUGUCGUAGGAACACAGGGUUCAGAUGGUGGCGAUAAUAAGAGCAAACACCUUGUUCGCUUACUGUCAACGCCUCACAGCGAGGUCAACCUCAGCCUGGAGAAGGAAGUAAUAGGCAGCCAAACAGAGCCACCAUUUACAUCGACAAAACAUUUCCCACUGUUUGCUCCCUCUGAAACAAAUGAUUCUCCGCCGUCUGUGCUGACAAUGCAACCCCUGGGAGUAAGAGCGGGGAACAGAGCAGCAGAUUCCCAUAGAGACCCAUUAACAGAGUCAGCUCACUCUGCUCAAACAGAACCCAGCACAGCUCAGUACCCUGCAGAUGAAGACAACAAACUUGUCAACAGCAGUCAUGUCCUGAGGCUCCAUCCGGCUCCCGAAUGGAGCCACGAAGCACAAGAUGCUGGGAUGCAAGCUGUCGAGCCAGAAAAUGGGAAAGGCCUUGUGUUCGAGGAGGCAGAGGAGUCGGAGGUGGAGGAGGAGGAGGGAGUGCCUGACCGGAUGGAGAGGAAGGGGCCGCGCUCUCGCAGCAGGAGGAGCUGGAUCUGGAACCAGUUCUUUGUGAUCGAGGAGUACGCCGGGCCUGAACCUGUGCUCAUCGGACGGCUCCACACCGACAUGGACAGGAAUGAUGGACGCACUAAGUACGUCCUGCGAGGCGAGGGGGCGGGAUCGGUCUUUGUGAUAGAUGAGAAGACGGGAAACAUCCACGUCACCAAGCCACUGGACCGUGAGGAGAAGGACGAGUAUCGUCUCAUCGCCACGGCCACAGACAGGCAGACCGACCGGGCCCUGGAGCCCUCGUCACAGUUCAUAAUUCGGGUGCAGGACAUCAACGACAACCCGCCUGUCUUUGAUGAAGGCCCCUACAGCGCCACUGUGCCUGAGAUGGCAAAUAUAGGCACGUCUAUAAUCCAGGUGACAGCGACAGAUGCUGAUGACCCGACUUAUGGGAACAGCGCCAAGCUGGUGUACACACUGGUGCAGGGCCAGCAGUACUUCUCAGUGGAUCCCCAGACAGGUAUUCUGCGUACCGCUGUGCCAGACAUGGAUAGGGAGACCCAGGACCAGUACCUGGUGAUUCUUCAAGCCAAAGACAUGGGGGGCCACCUGGGUGGAUUAUCUGGGACCACCACUGUCACCGUGAGGCUGACUGACGUCAACGACAAUCCUCCACGCUUCACUCAGAGUAUGUGGUCCUUCUCCGUUUCUGAGCUGGCCAUCCCCGGGGCUGAAAUAGGACGUAUCUCUGCAACAGACGCAGAUCUUGGAGAGAACGCCAAGCUGGACUACACCAUCCUAGAGGGGGAGACGGGGGACACGUUUAACAUCACAGGGGUGAACCAGGAGGCUGUCAUCACACUCAACAAGCCUGUGGAUUAUGAAAGCCGGAGCUCCUAUUCCUUCUCCGUGGAGGUCCUUAACCCCAUAGUGGAUCCUCGCUUUCUGCGUCGAGGCCCCUUCAAGGACCGGGCGUCUAUCAGAGUUGCAGUGCUGGAUGCAGAUGAGCCUCCAAGGUUCUCUAGAGCCAGAUACCACAUGGACGUGUCUGAAAACUGCCCACCAGCCUGCACAGUGGGCCGAGUCAGUGCUGUAGACCCGGAUACCGGGCUUACCAAUAAUAUCAGGUUCUCCAUUGAUCCUCAGUCAGACCCAGAAGCUCUGUUUCGCAUCACCCCAGACACCGGCCUCAUCACCACCGCCUCGGAGCUGGACCGGGAGCGCGAGCAUUGGCACAACAUCACGGUCAUUGCCACUCAGAGAGACAAUCCCAACCAGGUAUCCAGAGUUGUGGUUGCGAUCGAGACGUUAGACCUGAAUGACAACGCACCCGAGCUGGACAGACAAUACACGACAGCCUUGUGCGACUCCUCUUCCAUCGGACAGGUGGUGCAGGUGUUGCGGGCGAUUGAUAGAGAUGAGGGAGGGAAUGACAGCACCGUGUAUUUCAGCAUCCCUCCGGAGUCCAGCGCUGCUCUCAACUUCACCGUCAGAGACAGCGGUGGCCCCACAGCCAGCCUGGUCCUGAUGUCCCAGCUCCAGCCGCUGUCCCGCUCUGCGUCCUCCACCCUGACGCUCUAUGUGCCGCUGGUCCUGAGGGACGGGACAUCUGGCCUCACCAGUAGUGGGACGGUCACCGUCUCCGUGUGUCCCUGCCUGAGAGGAGGGGCACGGGCUGGGGAGAAAGAGAAGGACAAACAGGCUGAGGGCGAGUGGGACUGGGAUAGAGAGGCGGUGUGUCUUCCUCAGCAGUCCACACUGCCAUCUCCUGGGCUCAGUACCGCCGCCCUGCUGGCUAUCCUGGCUUGUGUCGCUACGCUUCUGGCGGUGAGUGCCCUGUCAUUGUCUCUGCGCCGUCAGAAACGUGACUCUCUGUCGCCGCUGGAGGAGGACGACGUACGUGAGAACAUCAUAACCUAUGACGACGAGGGCGGGGGCGAGGCCGACACCGCUGCCUUUGACAUUGCCGCUCUCCAGAGUGCUCCGCACAGCUCCCGCUCACGUGGCUACCGCACGCUGGACAGCAGGAAUAUACGUUACACCCAACGAAACCAAGAAAAGGCUCGCACCUACAGCUGGGCUCAGAACCCAGGAGUAGACCACAACUAUUCAGGACCAGGAGGUCCUCUCUAUGGUCGCCUCUGCUACAGCAGCCACACCUUACCUGUUCUCCGCCGCACUCCAGGUGGAACAUUUGAACCCGGCCUCGCAGAGCUGGGAUACCGCUUUCCUGGAGGUCAACCAGACCACUCCCUGGUCAUUCAGAACCAGGGGGCCAUGGUAGGGCCAAUGGAGUCUGGGGCGGUGUACAUAGCCCCGACAGACCUUAGCACAGGAAGCCGAACAGGGAGUCGAGCGGGUAGCCGUGAUGGGACUGCGCCCCAAAGUGGCACUUCAGACGGAGGUACUCCAAGAACCAGCGACAGCCAGGAGAGAGGAGGGGGGACGGGGACUGCAAGCAACUGUACAGAGGGGAGCAAUGAGGACAAAGGGAACCAUAAUCAAGAUGUGGACUGGGUGCAGUCGGAGACGUUACCCAGAGAGCACAACCUUGUCAUGACCCGGUCCGGCUCCCUGAUGGGCACAGGUCACGGCAGCGGAGGUUGGGUGUGCGACUCGGCCACCCUCCCCCUGGCUGGACGGAGGGCCUCCCGCACUGGCUUGUCCCCAAAAAGCACAGGCUCUGUGCAGGCUGAACCUGAAUCCAAUGGAGGAGGAGGAGGAGGCAGUGGAGGAGGAGGGGGAAGUGGGGGCACCUCCGCAGAUGGACAACCUGCCAGUGGGCGCAACUACGCCACUAUCCAGCAGGGGGAGGUGUCUGCACAGAGGGACUACCCAGGCAGCUUGGGGAGAGGAGGACUGGAGAUGGGGAGCAACUUUGUAGUGGCAAGGCCGGACAGGGAAGGCGGAGGGAUAUCUGUCUACCCAGAAGCAGCUGGCUUUAUCGGGGACUGGCGUGAUCGUUUAGGUCCAGGGGGGUAUGUUUUGGGCAGGAGGGAUAUGACCCCCCAGCUCUUUCCCUUCCCCGGGCAGCCACGGGGGGCAUACGGGGGAGUGAUGGGCUUUGGGACCAGCUGGGUUCCUGGUAUGGAGGCUGCAAGAGGAGCACAAGGCCCAGGGGGUCCCUCUUUGGCGCUGAGGGUGGGUGAGUUCCUCCGUCUGCGUCUUGCCCAGGUCACAUUUGACCCUUUGCAGCCACCGUACGACUCUGUGCAGGUGUACGGCCUGGAAGGCACAGGGUCCCGCGCUGGAUCCCUCAGCUCCCUGGAGAGCGAAGGAGAAAAGGAUACAGAGAAGGAGGAGUGGGGGGCAGGAUUGGAAGAGUGGGGUCCACAAUUCCAGAAGUUAGCCCACCUCUUUAAAGAAAGGGAGAAAGAGAGGGAAGAGAAGGAAAAAGUUGAAGACGGGGCCAAAAAAGAGAAGGAAAAGAAAGAAGUGAAGGAGAAGAAAGACAAAAAAGAGGCAGGGGAGCGGGCUGCAGAAGAGGGAAAAGACUGA